UCAAUUUAAGCGUUGAAGAUUGAAACAUCGAGGUGAAUGCAGAAGGCGAGUGACUGAUUUUGGAUGAAGAAGCAAUGUCCAUCUUCAGAGUUAUCACCUUCUUAUUUCUAAGUGCCUUUGGACGUUUCACUGAGCAAUGCUCUGUCUCCGAGUCUGAGCAGGCUGCCGUUGACACCCUCAUGCAGGUGUUACAAAAGAGCGCAGAGGACGACUCUGUGGACCCCGACCCCACCACCUACCUCGGCCUGCGCUCCACACACAGACACGACCAGAGAGUUGAAGAGCAUUUCCUGGAGCGGCUUAAAGCAGACGCCAUUCGGAAAGUGACUCAAGGAAUAGGAAGUGAUCUGCCCACUGGUUCAGCUGCUCUCUACGUGCUGGCUUUUAGAGCUGGCUGUCUGGAUCCAAGCAGCAUCUCUGAUGGUCAGGCACAGAUUAAUAUGGUGAAAAUUCUUGGAGAGAAGUUCAAUAUGGAGUACCAAAACCUAGGGUCCCACGGACACCCUCUUACAGACUUCUACCAGAUCUCCUUAGCAAUGCUGGCGCUCUGCAUUGAAAAGCAACCUGUCCAAAUCCCCUUUGUGGAUAAAAUCUACAGCAGGGUUAUGAGUCACAAAGAUCCAUUUGGAGAACAUUUCUUAAUUGAUACAGCCUCCAUGACUGUCCUUGCUCUCACAUGCAUACACGAUCGCAAUGAUCUUGAUACCAUGGAAAGACGCCACAUUGAACAAGCCAUCAUGCUCUUGUUGCGUCAGCUCCUAAGUUACCAGGAGAUGAAUGGUACCUUUGGGACUAUCUACAAUACUGGCCUUGCUGUUCAGGCUUUUACUGAACACAAAAAACUGGAAUUUUCUCUCUUCCGUUGCCCAAAAAAUUUGCAGCUCUUGGUCAGCGAAAUCUAUAAAGGGUCAUUUAACACAGUGCGUAAAGCUUUCCCGGUCCUUCUGGCUUUGGAGGGAAAGUCACUGUUGCACGUUGGAGACCCCAGUUGUCAUUCCCGUCGGGAUAAUCUGCCUGAAGAUGAAAAUGAGAAGUGAAACAAGGACCAAGAGAUGAAGACCAGGAUGCUGUUUUGGUCCAUUACAUGGAAAGGAUACCUUGUAGUUAUAUAGUUGGACCAUAGAAUGGCAUUUGAUUACCACGUCAUGCUAAAUUCAUUAAACCCUGUUAAUCACUCUUCCUCCAGACCCUGACCAAAUCCUACCUUUAUGUGCCUGAAACGGUGCUUAGCACUGUUAACUCAUGAACACGCCUGUGCUCUGUGCCUCACCUCCACCCUGACAGCGGUUUGCAGGGAUCCUCCACUGCGUGUGUGUUAAAUC